AUGAGCUUCUCCACAACUGGAAACGGCCUAGGCGGUGGUAGGCGGGCAGCUGCUCCAGAGGGCCUGGGAGACGCCCUGCGUAGACCGUCGGCCACGCCAGACCUGCCUCUUGGUGGUGGAAGGUUGUUGAAGUUGGUGUGUGUCGUGCGUGGGGUGCUCCCAGGCUUCCGCCUUGUGUCCCUGCAUGGCCCCAGGGGGGCGGGCAGCGGAAGUCCUGCUGACGUUUCCUCAGUGCCUUCUCUCUUUUCUAUCCUUUUCUGUCUCGCAGCCUCAUCUCCUAAGCCCCUCCCUCCUUCUGGCUCCUCCUCCCUGUCCUGUCUGAGCCCUGACUCAUCUUCUUCUCCCCGGAGCCCCUGGCCAGCCUCCGGCUUGGGCUCUGAGACCGCCACGGUCACCUUGCUGCCGCCCUUCCUAAGUGACCAGGCACAGCACGUGCAUGCCCUGGGGACCUUCCAACUCUUCUGUCAGGCCACAGGUCCUUCAGAUGUUCGCUUUGUCUGGGAGAAGAAUGGGCAAGAGCUGGAGACCUGUGUUCCUGUGCAGACCCACACGCUGUCCGAUGGCAGGGCCCACGUGCUCAGCUGGCUGCAAGACUCCAUCCGAGAGAGCUCUGAGUACCGCUGUUGGGUUCUGUCCUCAGCAGGAAACAGGACCUCAAAAGUGCGGGUCACUGUGAUGAGACACGAGGCAACCCACCAGGAGAAGUGGACCAGAGAGCUCGCUGCCUGGAGGACCAUGGUUGGCGAGCACGAUCGCAUGCUGCAGAGCUGGAGGAAGGCAUGGGUAAGCUGCAGGCCACAGGUGGACGUGGGGGCAAAUGGUUGGCAGCCUGCUGCCUGCAUCCAGGGCCAGGGCCGUACAGCCUUCCCCCUCCUGCCAAAAGACUGCCCCAGCUUCCUGCAGCUCUUGUUUCUUACCUGUAGAGAAGUUUGUUUUUCGAGAGCUCCACCCCAGCACCCACAGCCCUUCAACCCCAGGUGAACCUUGCCUCUUCUCUGUCACUGCCUGAGGGUGGAAGGUGGAAGGCAAUUCAAUGGUGGCCAAGUGGCCUGAGCUGGCCACUCCCUGGACAGGGCACUUAGCAGUGGCUGGCACAGCAGGUCAGAAGACCUCAAGUGGUGAACGCCUUCAACUAGAAAAACUGGAAGGUGGGGUGGUUAGUGCUGGUGAAGCAGUGUCUGUCUUGGGCUGGCUUGUGACCUCGCCACCCUGGGGCCCGGCAGCUCUGGGCUAGGUGCUCCUGUUGCUGCACCCUGUGGAAGACAGGGAGCAGUGACUUCUUGAGCCCCAGUCCUGCAAAGGGCAGGUGAUGGCACGCUGGGCGAGCUCCCCACCUGGUUCCCAGCCACUGAGGUCAGAGUUCCCAGGACAGCACCUCCCCAAGGUUUAUUACUGACAUGCUGCCAGACACAGGGGCAGCUUGCAAAAGCACAAGCCCCGGGUUUUAAAGGUUUCUGGCCUAAAUGGCUACCAAAAGCCUCUCGAGUUGGUGCUAGCAAAGGGGGCAUUUAUAAUUGAUCUUUAAAAUUAGUUUGGAGACAGGGCUUCCUGCUGAACAGGUUGGUGGGAGAGCAGGAGGGUGUCCUGGGAGCCCGGGCCAAGCGGAGACAGGGACUGGGAGCCAUAGGACCAUACUGCGUCCGCCUGCCCCUGCUCGUGGGACACUCAUGUCUAAGACAGCGAAAGGAACUGACCACUACAUGAGAAACUGAGUCAGAGAAAAGGCCCCUCUGUUCAGCUAAGAAAUCAAAGACCUCAUUGCUCUUUCAGGAAAGCUGUGACAAGGAUACCUUUUAGCCACGAGGAGGCAGCUCCUGAGACAACCCUGAAGCAGACCCUGCCGCCCACCAUGGUCCCUCAAGGCCCCACACCUCUGCUGUUCCAGCUCUCCCUGCUCAGAACGCGUCCCCAUGCCUGUGCAUACCGUCUCCCCCGUUUUUUUUUUUUUUUUAAAUCAACUGCUUACCAUGACAGGAGGGUCUCUCUGGCAGAAGCAGUUCAGUAGGCUACGAAGAGAAAGAAA